CAGAUAAAGACUCACUGGGAGAACUGCAGCUCAGACCUGCUGUCUCUCACCCAGCCCACAUCUCUGGUCCAGGAUCAACUUCCCUUUGGUUUUAUGACCUGGAAUGACAGUUCUUUCUAACUGAGGCUGCUGUGAUGAGAGCCUCUGUCCUAGGAUCAGCCUGUGCCCUUCUCCUGCUGUUGCGACAGCCUGCAUGCCAGGGGGAUGAGGUCACGGCCAGCACAGUGAACCCAUGCUGUUACUUCCCCUGCCAGCACUGGGGUGUGUGUGUGCGCUAUGGCAGAGACAAAUAUGAGUGCGACUGCACCCACACCGGCUACUAUGGAGAAAACUGCACAAUCCCUGAGGUUUGGACUCGCAUGCGUCAGUUCCUGAGACCCCGUCCAGAUGUGGUCCACCACAUUCUGACCCAUUUCCAGUGGCUCUGGGACAUCAUCAACAACACCUUCUUACGGAACGCCCUCAUGCGCCUUGUGUUAACAGUGAGGUCUAAUUUGAUACCCAGCCCUCCAACCUACAACUCAAAAUACGGCUACCUCAGCUGGGAAUCCUACUCCAAUCUCAGCUACUACACUCGUCUCCUGCCCCCGGUGCCUGAGGACUGCCCCACUCCCCUUGGGAUCAAAGGGAUUAAUGGGCUGCCUGACCCUGAUGUGCUGGUUGAGAGGCUCCUGAAAAGACGGACAUUCAGACCCGACCCACAGGGAUCCAACCUCAUGUUUGCCUUCUUUGCUCAGCACUUUACCCAUCAGUUCUUCAAAACCUACAAUCGAAUGGGACUGGGUUUCACGAAGGCCCUUGGACAUGGGGUGGAUGCAGGUCACAUUUAUGGAGACAACCUGGAACGUCAACUAGAUCUGAGGCUUUUGAAAGAUGGAAAACUGAAAUAUCAGGUUAUUGAUGGAGAGAUGUACCCCCCCUCUGUGGUUGAUGCACCCGUCAGGAUGAGCUACCCUCCAGACGUCCCUGUCCAGAACCAGAUGGCCAUUGGUCAGGAGGUGUUCGGACUCCUUCCAGGAUUGGGAAUGUAUGCUACGCUGUGGCUCAGGGAGCACAACCGGGUCUGUGAAAUCCUGAAAUCAGAACACCCCACUUGGGACGACGAGCAGCUUUUCCAGACCACUCGCCUCAUCAUCAUCGGGGAGACCAUACGAAUCGUGAUUGAGGAGUAUGUGCAGCACCUGAGCGGCUACCUGCUGCAGCUGAAGUUCGACCCAACCUUGCUGUUUCACUCUCACUUCCAGUAUGGGAACCGCAUUGCACUGGAGUUCAGCCAGCUCUACCACUGGCACUCUCUGAUGCCCGACACCUUCCACAUAAACGGAGACGAGCUGUCUUACAAGCAGUUCCUCUUCAACACGUCCAUUCUCACACACUACGGCGUGGAGAAGCUGGUGGAGGCCUUCUCCCGCCAGCCUGCUGGCCAGAUUGGUGGAGGCCACAACAUCAACUUUCUAGUGACCAAAGUAGCUGCAGGAACGAUAAAGGAGUCACGCGAGCUUCGGAUCCAGCCUUUCAACGAGUACAGGAAACGUUUCAACCUUGAGCCCUACACGUCGUUUAGAGAGUUUGCUGAUAACGAGGAAAUAGCCAACACACUCGAAGAGCUCUACGGUGACAUUGGCGCCCUUGAAUUUUACCCCGGACUACUUUUAGAGAAAACGCGGCCAGGGGCCAUAUUUGGAGAAAGCAUGGUGGAAAUGGGUGCCCCAUUUUCUCUUAAAGGCCUCUUGGGUAAUCCCAUAUGUUCUCCAGAUUACUGGAAGCCCAGCACCUUUGGAGGCAAAGUCGGCUUCGAUAUUGUAAACUCUGCCACCCUGAAGAAGCUGGUCUGCCUGAACACCAGGACAUGCCCUUAUGUAGCAUUCAGAGUUCCAACAGAGGACUCAUUAAGGAAGAAUGGUGAGAAGGUUCAUCCUGAUGAACUAGUUUUAUCUCUGAAGAAUGAAACACUGUCCAAGUUCACACUGUCUAGUAAUAAAGGUUGGCGAAUUGCUGUCAUGACAACUCUGGAUGACAAGUUGUUGGGUGAGAAGCUGCAGUACUACUACAGCAGCAGUGAGGAUGAAGGCAGUGACGAUGAAGAAGAGGGAGGCAGGAGCACCAUCCGUGAUGCCAGCGCCAACGAGCCUGAGAUCGACUACAGUGCAGACGGGAGUUCUGUCAACACUGGACCGAAGGGCGUGAUCAACGACUGGAGGAAGUACAAGCAGCUGGAGGUGGAGCAGAAACAAGAGCAGAAAAAUGAGAUGGAAAGACUGAUAAAGAAGCUGUCGAUGAGCUGUCGCUCUGACAUCGAUCUGCAAAAAGACCAAGAGAAGCAGAAGGAGCUGCAGGACAAAAUCAAAGGGAAAAUGACCAUGCUGGAGUACAACAUGCUCCAGGAAGACAAGGACGAUGAAGACUUCCUCCAGCAUUACCGUAUGCAGCGCAUCGAGGAGAUGCGUCGCCAGCUCUGCCGCGGGAAGCGCUUCCAGCAGGUCUUUGAGCUCGGCAGUGGAGAGGAGUUCCUGGAAGCUUUGGACAAAGAGGACAAGAGCACGCUGAUCAUGAUCCACAUCUACGAGCCGGACAUCCCGGGCUGCGAGGCCAUGAGAGGCAGCCUGAUGUGUCUGGCGCAGGAAUACCCCCUGGUAAAGUUCUGCUGCGUACGAAGCUUGGCCAUCAGCACCAGCACGCUGUUCAGAGAGAGUGCUCUGCCCGCGCUGCUCGUUUACAAAGGAGGAGACCUAAUCGGGAACUUUGUGAGAGUCACGGACCAGCUCGGAGAAGAUUUCUUCGCUGUGGACCUGGAGGCGCUGCUGCAAGAGUACGGCAUGCUGCCUGAAAAGACCCCUGGUGUCCCAAAGACGGUUCGGAAUGGAGCCAUCAUUCAGAGCACUGUGGGUGAUGAGGACUCAGACCUGGAUAUAGACUAAAACAUGUCUAGCAUGCAUUGGUUGACUCACACUCACACACACACGGCGUGUGGACUGUAAAUAUUUAUUUGUGAGCACCCCCCUUGUAGUGAUUGAAGCCUGUCUCACACAACAACCUAACUAUUACUAAAGCAGAAUGACACAAACACCAGAUCGUUCCUUUAUAAACAUGAGUUACAUUUAUUCAUAAACAAUGUUUCAUGUUACACACACACAGAAUCCUGUCAGCUCUUUAUUUAUGUUGUCAUGAAACAUUCCUUAACUUUGUGUCAUCUCUGCUGUUUUACCCACUUUUCACUCUUCUGAAUUUAAAACCUUCAGCCUUUUAGUUUGUUUCGUAACUUUUAUAUGUGCCGUCAGAUUUCCACUAGUGAAUAAACUGUAACCUGUUUAGA